CGGAAAUGUCGCAUUUUAGUAGGAACACUUUACGGUAACGCAAAAUAAACCUAGGGGCAGAAGGUUGAUUGACUCGGUGGCUUUUAAAAGUCGUUAUAUGAGCUUUUAGAGCCAACACGGACAUUGUUUUAGUACCGCUUGUGACAUCAGCGUCAUGACGUCUGGAGGCCCCACGAUGAACGGUGGCAUCUCUCGCUCUCCCGGUCAGUCCGGCACACUGGAGGAAACAAUGCUGCAGAUGAACAACCUCAUUCAGGAGAACAGAGAACUAAAAGAGGCCCUUCGUCAGACCAACCUGACAAUGAAAGAACGCUUUGAAGGUCUGACUGCAUGGAGGGAGAAGCAGCGUCAGGAGCGGGACUUCCUAGAGAGUCGGCUUGGAGAAGCUCGGAGCUGCAUGGAGACGCUGACUCAGGAAAAGCAGGAGCUGAGCAAAAAGCUGGAGGAGUCCAGAAGGACAGGAGGUGCCCCAGGUGGAAGUCAGAAUCCAGAGUUGGAGGCCCUGCGUGCCCAGGUGGCCCGUUUGCAGGCUGAGAAGAACGACCUGGUGGCUCUGAACUCUGAGCUGCAGCUGAAAGCCGAGCAGGACUCCCAGGAUGAUUCAUUCAUCGAGAUCAUCACGGUGUCGGAUGGAGGUGUGGAAGGUGUGAACGAGUCAUGUGGUGCAGAGCUCAGCAGACGUCCUGAUCUCAGCAUGACGGCGUCCCGGAUGGACAGCGAGGGAGUGACGGUCAGCCAGCUGCUCCAGUCUCUCAGAAAUGAGACGCAGCAAUGUGAGCGGCUGGAGGUGGAGCUGCAGGCCUCUGCUGCCAGAGUCAAGGUUUUGGAGGAAAUUAGGCAAGGAGUGGAGAAAAUGACCCAAACAGAGAGCAAGGAGGAGUCUGAGAGGGAGGAGAAGGCAGCGUCUGAGGUGGAGAAUCUGAAGUCUCAGGUGAGGAUGCUCUUCAAGGAUCUGCAGCAGGCUCUGUGCAAGCUGGAUGAAGCUGAAGGCAUGAAGAAGAACCUGCAGGACAGGUGUCGAGAGGUGGAGCAGGAUGUAGCAACUCUGAAGGCUCAGCUGGUGGAGAAGCAGGCCGUGCAGUCGGAGAACGACCGUCUGAAACUGCAACUGGGCAGCGUUCAGGCUCAGAGUCAGCUGGAGCAGAGGAAGGCUGACGAGGAGAGAAACAACCUGGCUCAGCUGAAGGACGCCUACACCAAGCUGUUUGAGGACUACAACGAACUCAAAGAGGAGAAGAAGAAAAGAGAGUCCCGGCUGGUGGAGAAGGAGUUGGCAGAUGAUCUGCAGGAGCGGCUGACGGCUGCAGAAGAAGCUCUGGCUGUUAAACAGAGCAAGAUUGAUGAGAUGAAGCAGGAGAUGUUCUCAAAGGAGAAGGAUCUGGAGACCAUCUCUGUCUUCCAGGCUCAGGCGGAGGUUUACUCCUCGGACUUCUACGCAGAGCGAGCAGCGAGGGAGAAGCUCCACGAGGAGAAGGAGCGUCUGGCUGCUCAGCUGGAGUUUGUGAAGAAGCAGAACAGCCAGCUGCAGGAGGAGAUGGACUCACUGGGCCGGCGGUCGCUUAACGAAAUGCAGCGGAGACACGGAACAACAGGAGGAAGUCCUCAUGGAGCUGGAGCUAGUCUGGUUGGAAGAGGUGCCGAUUGGCAGCACCAGGGGAACAUUCCUGAGCACGCCUGUCCCAAGUGCAACGAGAUCCUCCCGGACCUGGACUCCCUGCAGAUCCACAUCAUGGAUUGCAUCAACUAGACCUUCAUCACAUCAGGCUUUCACGCUAGCAUUUGCUGCAUUAGCACCUUUUAUGAGUCUUCCUCUGUCUGGCCCCUGAGACUCUACAGAUCCCAAACCAGCUGGGUGAUAUUUACCUAAACACGACUGGAGAGCUUUGUUUUGAAGGAUUUUCAGAGCUCUGGAGUUGACUUGCAUGUUAAAUGUCAGCUCUAGUUAAUUGAACUAUUACAUUUAGCUCAGUUAAAACUAGGGGAAAAUCUGAAAGAACACAUCCUUGCUGCUGGAUUUGAGUCCUUGAAGAUAAAAAUCUUCAGCUCAUUCAGGUUCUGGAACAUGAAAGCAGAAACGGUACGAAGCCUCUGAGAAAAUUCCAGGUCGAUUUCUACCAUCAGACACAAUAAUUAACCAACCAAAGCGGACUUUCUACGAGUUAAUUGUUAUUUUACUUAGAUUUAGGCUGUUUGUGUAGUUCCUCAAUGUCUUCCUUUUCAAAAUAAAAGAUAAAUCCUGUUGCAUAUUUUCUCAACAAGGAACUUAAGUUUCAGAAUAACGAGUAUGAAGGUUUCUAUUUCAUUUUAAUUUUGCAGAUGUUAUUAGAACUUAAUAUAUAUCUUAAUAGGUAUUAACAUAUAGGAAGCUCUCUUCCCUGUACCCUGUAGAUUAUAUCUGUUUGUAAAUCUCUGGAAGGAAAUAAAAAUUUUAAACGUG